AUGGGCUAUGCAAUGCGGUGCAACAUCUGCGAGGUGGUCGUUCACCGUCGCUGCACAAGGCGCGUCAACAAUACAUGUGGAAUGCCAGCUCAAUACGCCGAAUACUACCAUGAUUGCCAGGAAAAGGUCGUCAGGAAGGCGAUGGGCUCGAAUUCGAAGUCGAUGAACGGCUGGGUCCGGGUCUACAGCACACGCGAACCGAAAUGGCUAAGCAGUUUCGCGGUCUUGGACAAGGGCCGCUUGAGCUUCUUCGACAAGGAGCCGCUGGCUGGUCAGCUCGACAACCCUCGUCUUCGGCUGGAACUCGAUAACAAGGCCUGGUCCGUGCGCUUUUUGGGUGAAGGCCCCAAUGGUGAAAGGGACGGCGAUUUCAACAACUGCAUCCAGAUCCGUCAUCAAGGAGAGGUGAUCCACAUCAUGUGCCCCACCGAUAGCGCCACUGCGCAUUGGAUGGGUUCCUUGCAGGCGGCCUCAAAAGAUCGUCAUUUCAUGACCCGUAGCCCGUCAGCUUUCGCCAACAAUUCGUUGGUGUUAGCCCUCGAUACACCGCAGAAUCUCAACGUGAACGCCGUCAACGUGUUCGAUGAUUGGUUGCUGAUCGCUGCUCAAGAAGGCCUUUUUGCGACGCCGAUCGCCGAUCCACGCAACCCGUUCCCGUUAUUCUGCUCUGGGGCCUUCCAUUCCGUUCUCUACAUCAAGGAUGUCGACGUCGUCGUCACGGUGUCCAAUCAAAAUCGUCAAUUGGGUCUGAUUUCGGCGUCGGAAUUGAGGAUCCAGCUCAACCAGCCCCGUCCGACCGUCCACCUACAGAAUCUGCCCGGAAUCGAAUACGCGCACAUGAUCGAGUACCAUCAGGAGGGCCAGCAAAAAUAUCUACUUGUGGCCGAUGCUAACUCCAUCCACAUCCUCCAACAGAAACGCGAUUUCUUUGCGCCCUGCUUGAAACUGGAAUUGGAUGAGCCGGCCACGUGCAUGCUCUCGGCCCACGGUGGCAUCUACUAUGGUUCCGACAAAUACUACCAUGCGACGAUGCUCUACUCGGGCAAGCCCAAGAUUGUCGCCCUCACCGAAGAACACAUGGCCGAUUACCCGAUGGCUGUCUUGGAGACUGGCGACGAUGAGGUGCUCCUGGCUUACCAGAACCAUGGCAUCUUCGUGAACAGCCGCGGUGAACGGACAAGAAACUCGAUUGUUGAAUGGGAAUUGACACCGAUGGAGUUUGCCUACUCGAAGCCGUAUCUCUUUGUUGUCCAUUGUGACUCGCUCGAGAUCAUGCAAGUCUACGAGAAUGAGGGCCUGAACUCGCGCACGGUUUCCGAGGAGCGCGAUGUCUACAACACGAAACAAGCUCACAUCGUUGGAAAUGGACCUUCUGAUGAGGUUUUGGUCACGAUCUCCAGCAGCCAACGCAUGGAACUACACUCGUUCGGCGUUAAAUCUGGGAAACGAGGCGGCAGCAAGCGACGCGCCAUCACCAACGCCUUCGGCAGCUUUGAGAAGAAAAUCCGCCCCGUCAUC